AGCUCGCGCCGCCUCCAAGCGGACCGCAAUGAUUUAGAACUUCAGGAAUCCCACGUGACGUCACCCCGGGGUGACGUUAUGCUUCUCUAAAUAGAUCGUAUUGUAAUCUUUUCUCAGUCCAACGUGGUUUCUUCUGAGAGGCUGCUUCGCGUUUUCGACACUUGUUUGUUUUAUGAGAAGUUGUGAUGAACUCAGACCCGGAAAGGCCGUAUGUUUGCAACGCUCCUGGCUGUUCUCAGCGAUUCCCCACUGAAGACCAUCUGAUGAUACAUCGACACAAACAUGAGAUGACCCUCAAGUUUCCUUCUAUAAAGAAUGACAACUUGUUAUCAGACCAGACGCCAACGCCGACGCGCUUCCUGAAGAACUGCGAGGAGGUGGGACUGUUUAGCGAGCUCGACUGCUCCAUUGAGCAGGAGUUUUGCAAGGCCCAGGAAGAAGAGGACUCCAAACAGAAUAUCUCUCUGCACGGCCAGGGGGGCCAACACCAGCAGGCCCACGCGAGAAUGGGCAACCACGACACCAGCAUCGUGAUCCAGCAGGCUCUACCCUCUCCUCAGUCCAGCUCCGUCAUCACUCAGGCUCCAUCCACCAACAGACAGAUUGGGCCCGUCCCUGGCUCUCUGUCCUCACUGUUGCACCUACGAAACAGACAGAGACAGCCUCUGCCAGCCUCCAUGGCUGGAACGCUGCCAGACCCCACCAUGCCUGGCUCCUCUGCUGUGUUGAUGCCCAUGGAGAGACAAAUGUCUAUGGGUGCCAACAUGAUGGCUAUGCAAGGUCCCGCCCACAGCAGCCCCUGCUCCUCCGCGCACAUUCCCUCCAUGCACUCAGAGGCCAAACUGAGGCUGAAAGCUGCACUUUCACACCACCCUGGCACCCUCGCCAACGGAAACAUGAACUCCAUGGGUCACAUGAUGGAGAUGAUGUCGUCACGGCAAGAGCAAGGCAACCACCAUCACAUGCACUCUCACUCACACCCGCACCAGCAUCUCCAAGCCCCUCCCCACACGUACCAGCACCACGGCCAUCACCACCACAGCCAGGGCCAUGGCCAGGGCGGCCACCAUCACCCGCAGGGACACAAUCCACAUCACAACUCCCACAAUGCCCACCUGCAUCCCGGGCACCCACACCAGACCUCGCCACACCCUCAGAUGCACUCUGCUUCACAGAUGUCUCCUGCCACCCAGCAUAUGCAGCCAACGCAGACACUUCAUUCCCCGCCCCCGAGCGGCGGUCGGCGCAGGCGAGUUGUGGACGAAGAUCCGGACGAACGCCGGCGGAAGUUUCUGGAACGAAAUCGAGCGGCGGCGACGCGAUGCAGACAAAAGAGGAAAGUGUGGGUGAUGUCGUUAGAGAAGAAAGCAGAAGAACUCACGCAGACCAACAUGCAGCUUCAGAAUGAAGUGACAAUGCUAAAGAAUGAAGUGACUCAGCUCAAGCAGCUCCUCCUAACACAUAAGGACUGCCCCAUCACCACUAUGCAAAAAGAGUCCCAAGGUUACCUCAGUCCAGAUAGCAGUCCGGCAGGAAGUCCAUCUCCAACUUGCACGCAGCAGCAGGUCAUUCAGCACAACACCAUCACCACGUCCACCACGACCGUAGGAGGCAGCAGUGUGCACGGACAAGCCAACAGCCGAACAGACAUCAACUCCAUCCACUAGGGAAGCAGAAAGACUGUACAGCCCUGGUGGUAAAACCAAGCCUACCACCCCCCCCCCCCCCCCCCCGACCCCCACCUAAAAAAAAAAUCAAGAAAAACCUCAAAGGCCUCCAAGGCUGUUCUUUUUACAGUAGCCAUGAUAUGUAUUUUUAUAGACCCUGUAAUGUGUACGUUUGAUGGUAUGUUGCCUUUUUUUUAAUUACAUUUGCUUUUGAGUUAUGCUGGUAGCAUUGGUAAUCCCCUCCCCAAUUGUAUCGGUACAAAAUGGACCAAAGCGUUCCUGGAAAAAGAGGGAAGAGACUGGAGGCUUUCAUCUCUUAAAGUUUCUCUUUUUGACCAAUGGACUGGGUCAUGAGUUAAUCGUUUUCUAUGUGGGUACCUAACAUGUUCUCACAAGUAUUUAGUAGGAAACUAGAAUGAAACUCAUUUUAUAGUGGAACCUAUAACAUAGAAGACAAUUCGUUCCAGAAUUGACCUCUGGUUUAUUUGAAUUGGAAUUUUACAGUCUUUUUUUUUCUACAAAAGGCUACGAAAUCCUCCUGGGCAAAGCUUCGGAUGGUUUGUUAAGUACCUUUCGGUCCAGAAGCAUUUCGGAAAUGACAUUCUUUGAUUUGCCUGUAGACACCACCACAGUGGAUAUGAAAACCGUAAAUAUGUGAUCGGAUGAUCGAUUUGCCUCGUGGUGCCUUGGUUUAGAAGUGACGCAACUGCCGAUUUUUUCCCGGAUAGGAGCUGUCGCUUAGCUGAUUUUUUAUUUAUUUUUUAUUUUUUGCUUUUAUUUGUAAGCAAAAAUUUGAGACACGAGUGUGAGACGGCCACGGCGAACUCCACUCACUUCACAGCAUGCAGUAGGAUGGCGGAUAGUCAGAUAAGAUAAGAUAUCCUUUAUUCGUCCCACACUGGGGAAAUUUACAGCCUCCAGCAGCAAGAAUGUAUGUAGAAAGAAGAAAGGAGACAGAAAAAAAACAACAAACAUCUUUCAAUUAAAUACAAUAUGAACACAAAUGGAUAAAUCGCAGUACUAUUUACAAUUUUCCUUCACAUCAUUUAAUUAUUAUUAUUAUUAUGAUUGUUAUUUUUUAUUCAUCAGCCUGACAGCAGUCGGUAGGAACGAGCGUCGGUAUCUCUCCUUCUUGCAGCGCGGGUGUAACAGUUUCUGGCUGAAGGAGCUACCAAGUGCUGUCAGGGCGGGCUGGAGGGGGUGGGACAACACUUCAACAAUCAACAAACAGUCAACAAUUUUUCCAAAAAAUGAGGCGUCAAGCUGUUUCUUGCCACUCGCAGUCGAGGUUUACCGUCAAACUGACCUUAAAUAAAUAUAUAAAUUAUAUAAUAAAAUUAUAUCUGGUGUAUUUAAACCAACCACAUAAGAAAGUCUGCUAUCUUAAUGCAAACACAGCAUGCAAAAUGCCAUAGACAGGCUCACCACUAGCAACACUGUCACCGUCCUAAUCCUUCAAGCAACAGAAAUUAACACUUACACUAACAGUGCAGCAACACAUGUAGACGAUGUAACAAUUCUCAUGGGCGUAUAUUCUUUAUCCUCCGAGAGCAAAAGCUAAUAAUGCAGCUUUCUCAGUCACUGUCUUUGUGUCUGUUCCUCACUCUUAUACUGCCCCCGGUGGCUAGCGUUUGAGUAGAUUUAUGGCAUUUCCGUUAACUUGUAAGUCAAGGCACCACUGCAUGCUAUUUAACGUUGAGGCGGUCCAGCCAUUUUAUGUAGAGUAUGUCUAUAUCGGGACAGAAUUCUCAAUAAACCCCAACGCAAAAUACAUCGCGAUGACACUACAAGACAAAAGCAAAGAUAGCAGGAUGCAUUCUACUAUAUGUAGAAUAGCUGUUAUCCCUGAAAGGUGAAUGCCAUAUUUUGGGUGAAAUCUAUUGUUUCAAAUCCACUGCUAUCAAUAGGCAAACAUAUCUGUCAUUGUGCAGUUGUACUUCUGGAUCAAAAUCUAAAUCUGGAUCAUGCAACGGUACUAAAUAAAUCAUCUUUAUGGGCUGUAGCUUAUCAUCAUUUCCUUCCCUUUAAGACGGUUAACCUCAUUCCUGCCAGUCUUAAAGAAUCAUAUAAACAUUGUGAUGGUAAUAGCAUUGUGCUCAAGGGAUAAGCAAUACAGCACUCUGUGGAUCAUGUCAACAAAAAAACAAAAAAACAAUGUCCGCAAACUGUUUUUUAAACACUGUGAUCGCAGCGAGGCAGCUUGAGAGUCACAACAAUCUUCUCCGGGACCACCCGAAGCUUUAACUCAAGGGUGGGGAAAGGUUUUCCGAACACUUUUUACAAAGUCCUCUUGAGGGACAAAAUAUGAUGCAACGAUCAAACUAAUCUUUAUUAUUACAAAUAAUGAGCACUUUUUCAAUUUUUUUUUGUUGUUGAAAUAUGCUCCUACUCCUCUGAGGUUGUAUUCAUUCUCUUACACUUGGCAUGGAAGGCCGGAUGAAAUCCGCAUAUGGAAAAUAAAGGGCAUGCCCGUGUAAGGGAGCACCUCUGUCGUGCAUAACUGGUUUGAUUUUGUAUUUCUGAAAAAGGAGCAGUUUAUGCCAAUGAUUUCCCAAAUGUCCCAAUGUACCUCGCUUAUUUUCUUCAUCUUCACUCAUAUCUAUUUCAGCCUCAUGACGCUAUUGAUAGUUUUUGCCUCUUAUUGGCGUUUUGUCAUGAAUUUCUUCUUUGUGAUUCAUGACAAUAUCUUCCUUCAUCUUUCUCAGGCCUUUUUCUUGCCUUUAACUCAAUGGCGACAUACUGUACGUGCCCCCCUUCAGAGGAAACGGGAACUUUUCUUCCACUUUGUGACCAGGAAUGUCGACGUGAGCUCUCUUAAAGCACUGUGUUGUACAGUCCGGUCAAGCAGAGCUGUCUAUGCACUUUGUCCUCUGCAGCGCCAGAGGGUAGAAUAGCCAUAUGAAACCAAGUCAUGCUCAGUGACCCCUUUCCCUUUUUUUUAAUACACCAGCGAGAAACAUCUUUGGCUUUCUAAUCCAUUGGGUCUUAAUUGAAGGACAUUUAUUUGCAAAGCAAAAUUCCUCUGUUACUAUCUCACCUCACGUCUUAACAUUUUGCAGUACAGUUUUUUUUCUACAUAUGCAGUAGGGAAGUUUUUUUUUCCUGAGAGAAGGGCUUUAUUUCACCUUUGAAUUCCCAAUUCUUGAUGAUCAUUCCACCAGUGGUUCUCAAACUGGCCGUGGCCCAGGAGUUGCAGUUUGGGGGUCCGGAAAAUAAUGAGUGAAAAAUUGCAAAUUGUCUUUUACGUUUACAAAUGUAGAGUUAUUGCAAGCAUUGUUUUUAUUACCAAUCCCCCUUUUAACCCUCUCAUGCACCCUGUAACCUGUUAACAUGGUAAGCUGUCCACUGUAGUAUCCGCUGUUCCUGAAAGGGUUAAAAUAAGUGUCAUAAUAUUUGAACAAACAGUUCUUACCGGCCUCUGACUUGAGAAUUAAUUAUUGAACAAUUUGUUGUGUAGACGUAAUAUGAGGCAACAGUACAUGUGAUUUGGGUCCACAGUCAUAAUGACCCUCUGAAGGAAACCGCACCCACAACGUGACCCCCUGACAAGGUGCAACAUUACAGGAAUAAAUUUGUCGUUGUGAAAUUCAAUUGUUAAAAAUCUUACUUUGUCUUUGUUGAACUUUUGACUUUAAUGUCAUCGCAUUAGGAAUUGAUCGCAUAAAAACUAUAUUCUUCCCGUCAAUAUGUCUUUGUUCCUGCAAAGACUAUAUGAGAGCCACCUUGGAACAUUUAUUUCCUGUUAGGGGUCCCUGGACAGAAAAAGUUUGAGAAUCCCUGGAUGAGACCAUUCCAAAUCAAUCCCCUGUAUGUUGAUGUUUCAGGAAGGAAGAUGUCAUGAUGGGUGGGGAACCUCUUGAAUUUUAGUCCUCAGGGCAAUACAAAAAACAUGCGAUACAAGUGUUCGUUUUUUAUAUAUUGCAAGCAUUUGUGGACCUUUUUUUAAAAAUAAACAAUUAAGUUCAAUUUUAUUUGGAGUUGCAUGGUAUCAAAUCCUGUCACGGGCCAAAUGUGGCCACCCCUGCACUCUGAUAACAUUUGGGAGAAAAAAAGAAGCUAUGUGUUGCUUUAUAUGCAAAAAAAAAAAGUUGAGUCCUUCUCUUGUGUACAAGAAUGAUUCUUAAUACUUGUAUAAUUUUAAGUGUGAAACUAUAAAUAUUGUACAUAAGACUAUGGAUUUCUAUAAUCAUGUACAUGUAAUGCAACUACCUUUCUUUUUGAAGGGAAUACAUGUGUGGCACAUGUGUGUAAAUAAUGUUUGCAUACAGCACUUGUUGCCUUUUGUCAUACGUCGAGGCUCAUUUCAGCGCUUAAAUACGUUGUUUAUAUGUCAUGAACUGACCCUGACCCUCGCCUGCAUAACUUUGUACAUUUUCUGUGUCCCCAAUGUCGGCUUGUUUGGGCCAUUUGUACAGAUGUUCAACAUUAUUGCUGCAGUUACAUUCUGAAAAUAAAGCACUUGCUCUGCAACAUGCAGCCAAACGA